AACAUACCCCUAAAAAUGCUGAUUUAUUUCUCCAAUUUUAAAUUCUUGGUAUAUAUUUGAAGUUAUUCUUUUUCUUUCUUCGUUGUGAUAAUAGUAGUUGUUGAUGAAUUUGAAGUUGAAAACUAAAGAAGAAAGAGUAGUUUUCUCUGUAAGCAAAAGUUGAAGACGAACCCAGUCAUCGAUACAAAGUGAAGAAGAAAGCAUUAAAGUUCUAGGUUCUAUUUUGUUUACUGGACCAACAACUCAGUCUACUAAGGAGUAAAGAGGAGGUGAAAAAGGAGAAUGAAAUAAGUUGAUAAAUAAGAAGAUGGCAGCAAAGCAAAUGGAAGAGAUUCAGAAGAAAUUGGGAAUGCUAAAUUAUCCAAGAGCAAAUGCAUCUGCUCAAUCCCUUUUAUUUGCUGGCAUGGAGCGCUAUGCCCUUCUCGAGUGGCUCUUCUUUCGGCUAUUGGGUGAUAAGUCACCUUUUUCUCAACAAAACUUACAAGGAGAUGCCCUUGAUCGUGACGAGGAGACAGCUCGAAUUCAAUAUUUGGCAGAAAUAGCUAAGUUUCUGGGCAUUACAACAACUGUAGAUACAGAAGCCAUUCAAGGACAUGGAAGUUAUGAGGACCGCACUGAAAUGCUUCGUCUUAUUGUAGAUCUAGUGGAGGCAACCAUAUAUGCUGAUAAUCCAGAAUGGAGUGUUGACGAGCAGGUAGCCAAGGACAUCCACUUGAUAGAUUCCAUUGCAGAAAAACAGGCUCAAAUAUUUUCUGAAGAAUGUAAAUUAUUUCCUGCAGAUGUUCAGAUUCAGUCCAUAUAUCCAUUGCCAGAGGUUUCUGAGCUGGAGUCAAAGCUCACUGAACAAUCAAAAAUAUUAUUGAAUCUUCAACAAAAAGUAGAUGACUUGGCAUCCAAGCAUGCUUAUAAUCCAGACGAAGAGUAUACUGAUGUGGAAUCUCAACUGCGGGGACAUUUGGAAUCUUUCCUAGAAACAGCUAGAACAUUCAACAUGAUUUACACCAAGGAAAUUCGUCCAUGGACUCAUAUGAUGGAGGUUCCACAACUUCAUGGGUUUGGACCAGCGGCUAACCGAUUAUUGGAGGCGUACAAAAUGCUUCUAAAGUUUUUAGGUAACCUACAGAAUCUGAGAGACUCACAUGCUGCGCUUGCUUUUGGAUCUUCUGAAACAUCAGGAGGGCCUUCUUCUGUCUCAAGAAUCAUCUCUGAAUGUGAAUCUGAAAUGACAGUCAUAAAUCGGGAUCUUGGAAUUCUUUCCGCUUCCAUUGCUCGUGAGCAUGGAGAGAAGAUGAGCAUUUGAUGAAACAAUAUGGAGCAUAAGAUCAACCCUGAAGUCGUUUUCUUUUGUAUUUUGUGAUCUUUUUAUUUUAUGAAAAUAUUUUGGGAUCUUGUGCAUGGUAUUCAUAUUGUUGACAUGUGAUGUGAAUGUCGCAAAGCCGAAUUGCUGCAUUAUCCGUAGGAAUUUAGAAAUUGCAGUUAUAUUUAUUGAAGAAAGCCAGUACUGGCUGUAAAUGUUAUUGGAAAAAGGCAACACUGGCUGAUAAUGUGGUGCAGUUUGUUUGAUCUA